GCCGCGGGCUCGGUGCUGGAGGGCCACCACCAUGGCAGCGAAGCAGCCCCCGCCGCUGAUGAAGAAGCACAGCCAGACCGACCUGGUGAGCAGGCUGAAGACGCGCAAGAUCCUGGGGGUCGGCGGGGAGGACGACGACGGCGAGGUCCAUCGCUCGAAGAUUAGCCAAGUGCUGGGAAAUGAAAUCAAGUUUGCUGUCCGGGAACCACUGGGGCUCAGGGUCUGGCAGCUGGUUUCCGCCGUCAUGUUUUCCGGGGUCGCCAUCAUGGCCCUUGCUUUCCCUGACCAGCUCUACGACGCCGUCUUCGACGAGGAAUCGGCGAGCAGCAAGGCUGCCGUCCGGCUCUACGGAGGAGCCCUCCUCAGUAUCUCGCUCAUCAUGUGGAACGCUCUCUACACGGCCGAAAAAGUCGUCAUCCGCUGGACCUUGCUGACGGAGGCUUGCUACUUCGCCGUGCAGUUCCUGGUUACCACCGUCUCCCUGGUUGAGAGUAGCCGGAUAGCCACAGGUGCCGUGCUCCUCCUGGUCAGCCGAGCCCUCUUCGUCCUCAUCAGCAUUUAUUACUAUUAUCAAGUUGGACGCCGUCCCAAGAAAGUCUAA